UGAACACGUUUUUUCAGAUCAUUUGAUUUAGUUUAAAUAUGGAGUAGUAUUCUUAUGAUGCAUAAUCAUGAUAAUAAUUGUAGGGAUGAGUAUAUUUUUGUGGAUAGAAUCUGAGUCAAUCCGCUGUUGAUUGCGGGAAGCGGAACUGAAAGGCCUGGCGGCGGCGCUUUCCCUUCUCUCCCCCCGCCGUCGCAACGGCGCUCUCCUCUGCACUUGUAUUUUACAGACACCUCACAUUUCACUCCGACGGCGCUUUAUAAUUCCACUGGCGCGACAUUUAUGGCGGCGAAGAAGGCGUCGGAAUCGGUGAUCAGCAAGGGGUUGAUGGAGGAGGUGCAGCGAUGGGGCGCCAUGAAGCAGACGGGGGUCAGCCUGAGGUACAUGACGGAGUUCGGCUCGAGACCUACCGACCGGAAUUUGCUGAUCUCAUCCCAAUUCCUCCACAAAGAGCUCCCUAUUCGGAUUGCCCGGCGUGCUAUCGACCUCCAAACCCUUCCCCACGGCCUCUCUCUCAAACCCGCCGUUCUCAAGGUAAGAGAUUGGUAUUUGGAGUCUUUUCGAGACCUUAGAUCCUUCCCUGGCAUAAAGGAUAAAAACGAUGAGUGGGAAUUCACGCAAAUGAUCAAGAUGAUCAAGGUGAGGCACAACAACGUUGUUCCAAUGAUGGCUUUGGGUGUUCAACAACUUAAGAAAGAUCUUAAUCCUAAGGUUGUGUAUGAGGAUCUAAACGAAAUUCACCAGUUCCUGGACCGCUUCUACAUGUCAAGAAUUGGGAUCCGUAUGCUUAUUGGACAACAUGUGGCCUUGCAUGACCCCAAUCCUCCUCCUGAUUGUAUUGGCUAUAUACAUACAAAAAUGUCACCAGUUGAGGUUGCACGAAAUGCUAGUGAAGAUGCUCGUUCUAUUUGCCUGAGAGAAUAUGGCAGUUCACCUGAAGUUAGCAUUUACGGGGAUCCCAAUUUCACUUUCCCGUAUGUCCCGACUCAUCUACAUUUGAUGGUGUUCGAAUUGGUCAAGAACUCCUUGCGUGCUGUCCAAGAGCGAUAUAUGGAAUCAGAUAAAGUUGCACCACCCGUUCGUAUAAUCGUAGCCGACGGUUUGGAAGAUGUUACCAUCAAGGUCUCAGAUGAAGGGGGUGGAAUACGAAGAAGUGGGCUUCCCAAAAUUUUUACAUAUCUUUACAGCACUGCAAAGAACCCAUUGGAUGAGCAGUCAGAUCUUGGCACAACUGAUGUGGCAACUAUGUCCACACUUGCUGGUUAUGGAUAUGGGCUGCCAAUAAGUCGCUUAUAUGCUCGCUACUUUGGUGGAGACUUGCAAAUUAUAUCUAUGGAAGGAUACGGGACAGAUGCAUACCUUCACUUGUCAAGGCUUGGAGAUUCACAAGAGCCAUUGCCUUGAGCAGUGCUCACAUUUGGGAUUUUAUUCACUCAAAGCUCAUUAAUUUAAGCUUCUGUAAAUAUUGCCAUUCAAUGAUGUUUCAACAAUUUGCCAACAAUGAAAUACAAUUUGCUGUAAUUG